UCUGUCAAUUGAAGACAAAGCGAGAUUAUAUUUCCCCGAGAGACACUCCAUUAUCAUGAAACUGUUCGGUAAAAUAUUCAACCACCAAUUCUUGAAAGGAAAACUUUUAGAUCUAUGGAAGACAAAUUAAACUUUGACUCUAAUUGACCUGGGCAGUGACUACUAUAUCGUUAAAUUCGAACUAGAGGAAAGCCUAACAAAGGCCCUUCAUGAAGGUUCCUAGUUUGUAGCUGGGAACUUUCUCACGGUGAGAAGAUGGCAGCCAAACUUUGUUCUGGAUAACUCAAUAAUUUCCUCCACCGCCAUUUAGAUCAGGCUUCCCCAACUCCCAACCGAGUUCUACGAUAAGGGGAUCUUGGAAAGAGUAGGGUCAAGGAUUGGAAAACUCCUAAAAAUUGACACUUGCACAUCCUCUACCCUGAGACGGAGAUAUGCAAGGAUCUGUAUAGAAAUACCUCUGGACUUUCCAGUAAAAACAUCUGUUACCAUUGGCCAGCACCGGCAAAAAAUCAUUUACGAUGGUAAAGGUAUCCUAUGUACGGUUGUAGUAGAUUAGGCCAUACAGUGUUGGGGUGUAGUUUCUUGAUUCGUACCCCAAAUACAAAACCCUCUAAAGUUAGCUCCUCAUCAUUCCCCCCAAAGGAGAGCGAAUGGAAAACGGUGGAGUUUGCGAAGAAGAAGAAGAAGAAGAAGAAGAAGAAGAAGAAGAAGAAGAAGAAGAAGAAGAAGAAGAAGAAGAAGAAGAAGAAGAAGAAGACGAAGAAGAGCUCACGGAGGGUCUCCUCACAAAGCAGGCAAGUGGGUGAAGGAAAUCAAAAGGAGCACGUACAGGUCUUUCGACGGAACAACAGUCAUAUUGCAGGGUCUCAAACUAGCUUGGGAACACAAGCUGCUAUCUCUGAAAUAAAUUCUGAUUCACAAGAGAAUCUAUCCAUUACCAUCAAGCACGAUUCCACUACAAUUUAUUGUGCCGAGAUUUGUGGGUGGUGGUGUAUUUGUGGUUUCCCAAUUUGAGUAGUGCAAAACAUCAAUUAAUGGCGGAUGAAAGCAUAUCUAGUAGGGUUACGAGAGGUAUACCACAUACUCUUCAAAAUUUAGAUUCCCCUUCUUUUGAUUUGGGUAUUUCGCAGCAACAACAUGAUGUUGAUGCAGCUUCUGCUGAGAAAUUGGUUGCUGAAAUGAGAUCUAAGAAAAUCCAUGAUCCCGCCAUAAUCAGAAAUCCUUCAACUGUUAACUUGGAGAAAAACUGCCACAAAGAGGAAAAAAACAUACGAUGUUGCUUCUAGUAGCAAAGGGAAGAGCGUUGUAGAGCCAAAUAACGGAGAACAACAAUUAACUGUGAACAAGCAGGCCUCCAAAUUCCUGGUUAAACGUCCCCCCACUUAACCGAUACGUUAUGCUUCAUAUAUGAACCAUAAGAUUAAAGAUGAGUUGAAGGAGAAACUGACCGAUAGACAAUUCAAGCUAUUUUUCAAAAAUUAUUUUUGGAGAAUAUAUGCAGAUGCAAGUUGACACUGAGGUUCAGGGUCAGUUAUUUAGGUGUUUUAUGGUUAGGGAGUUGAAGCGUAGUAAUAGUGAUGCGUUUGUUAUCGAUAUUAAUGGGACGGAAUUGACAUUCAGUCUUUUUGAGUUUGCUUUAAUUAUUGGUUUGAAGUGUUACGGGGAUGAAGUUGUUUUUGACGAGGGUCCCAACAGAUUGUUGGAUGAAUAUUUCAGUGGUUCUGGUAAUAGUGUUUUAAAGAUGAUUUUAAAUAAGUUCUUUGAAGACAAGGAUUGGGGUGUUGACGAUAACGCAGAUGAAGAUACUGUAAAGAUUGCGAUCCUAUAUUUCAUUCAUAAUUACAUACUUUCAAGUGAAAAAAGGAACGUCACAGUCCCAAGACAUCAUUUUGACUUGGUGGAGAGUGAACAAUACAAUGAAUAUACAUGGGGUAAGGAAGCAUUUGAUGAUUUGAUUAAGAGUAUUCACCACAAGAUGGACAAGCUGAAGCAGUUUUAUUGUCUACGGGGUUUUCCUUUUGCUAUGCAAGUGUGGAUAUAUGAGUGUUGCUCUAAUGUUGACCCUAAUUUAAUGGUUUAAACCGGAAGCCGAAUCCCAAGAAUGUUCAACUGGAAAACAGUGAACCAAAAGUCAUCAGUUAACUACUUGAUGAUGGGCAUGUUUAAGGACGGUGAGGACAUUCUUAACUUCAACAACAUUGUUCCGACCAUGUUAGAGGUUGAGAAGCUUGGUUUGCGUCCAUACCUGGUUAACAGAUCUGCACCACCUCAAAUACACCAAGAGGAAGAUGAAUAAACAGAUUUUACCACAACACCACCCCAUGUUGCUGCUGCCAAGAAAACUCAAAAGAAGGAUGCUUCAAAAUCACCACCGCACAAGAAGCCUAGGAAGAUGUCAAUGGCAGCAUUGCUUGUUCAGAAAUCACCAACCACAAUCCCAAAAAAUACUACAGUUGGACAACCAUCUAAAAAGUCUACUUCGGUGGCAGAUAAGCCUGUUCAAUCAAAGGAAAAAGAAAAAGCUGCUCCAAGUGCCCAUCGUGUUCCUGUUGACGACGUAUCUACCAGCAAAUCAGUUAACUUCAAAAGUUUAAGGCAGGAACUUAAUCAAUUUAAGCAGGAAGUGCUUGCUAAAUUCAAGGAUGUUUUUACUGAGCUCAAGGAUCUUCUCAAAGUUAUUGAUGAAAACUUCGAAAAGGUUUUGGAACAUGUCAAAGGGAAACAAAAUUCAGAAAAGGGUGAUGACAGCGAAACUCAUGUUCCUUUACCUGAUGGCAACAUACAUCAAGGAGCUGAUGAUUACAUGGACCAUGGUGAUGGUAUUCACAUGGAGACUGAUACGGGUGAUGUUCAUUCAACAGAGGAAAAGGGUCUUGCACCGGAUAUUCAAGUUGGUAUUGGCAAUGAGAGCGGAGAUACGAUGAAAGCUUCAACCGAAGAGAUUGCGGAAGGAGGUGAUCUUUCAGGAGAACUGAAGACUUCGGUUGAACACCCGGCUAAUCAAACAUGGAAAGAUACUGUGGAAGAGAAAAAAUGUUCUGAUGAUUCAAAUAAUUUUGAGGUGAUCGCACGGGUGCUAGCAAAUAUAGCAGAAUCAGAAAUGGCUAAUGGACAAGUUCAAGAGGAAAAAACUGAGGAAAACACUAGCUCGACUGUCUUAGAGGAACCCCAGGCAGCAGUUUGCAACGCGCAGCCAUUGUCUCAGUGGUUGUUGCCUGAUGAGUAUUUACCGAGCCAAACCCCAGGGAAAGAAAUCAUGUUACAUCCAUUAGUCCCACGAGCUACACGCCCAGUAAAUAUAAGUUUUCACCGUUUGUGAUAGAUUUUGGUAUAUAUCAAAUUUUUAAUUUACAUGUUUGUUUUUUAAUACGCAACUGUUAAUGUUUAAAGACCAAAUACACAUGUAGUAGUUCGGGAAAGGAUCAUGUUCCUGUGUUUGAUAAAAAUAUCCAUUCCAGCAAGAUCCCAUUACCGGUCCACUUGAUGUACAGAUUGUAGAUGAAUACCGUAUUUGGCUUCGAAACGGUCUGCUUGUGAGGCACGAUAGCAAAAAGAAUUACGAAGACCAUUACAAAAAACAUGGCAGUUUUUUAUCAUGGAGUCAAAUUCAAUUUUUGCAUCACAACUGUCAGUUAUAAGAACUGGUUUUACUUGUUAUCGAUGGAUGGUCAGCUUUGGAAUGACGAGCACAUUGACGUCAUUUUCUAUUACUUUCGGAAGAAAGGAAAGUACAAAAGGAAAAAUUACAGCUUCGCCACUGUUGAUUACCUAUUCAAGCAGAGAAUUGAGGUGGUCCACCACGCAUAUCACAAUGUUGAAACCCAGACCAACGUGGCAAAUGAAGAGCAAGUAUUGUGUGAGUAUGUUAAGGGCCACAGGCUCAUUGCCAAUGUCCCGUGGCAUACGGUUGACAACGUGCUAAUACCACUGAAUAUAAAGAAGAAAAUCAUUGGUUAUUGGUAGUCCUUUCAUUCAAGGACAGGCGUCUGUAUGUUUACAACUCGUAUCAAGCAGCCGGCCACAACGCAGUUGUUAGGAAUGAAAUAAAAAAUCUUGCUACACUUCUACCACAUUUCCUACAUCUAGCUAGAUUCUAUGUAAAUAAAAAAAAGCAUAGAUUUGGUGAAAGACCCAGCAUAUGCAGAUAAGGGACAGAUCGAUAUCCUUGAAGUUGUCUAUGUUGAAAAUCUGUCGCAUCAAACUGCUGGUAGCACGGACGGUGGUGUCUUCACGGCAGCGUAUGCUGAGUAUUUGACAUCGGGUGAAAGGAUUCUGGAUGUAAUUGAUGCACACAUGCAGCGUAUGAGAUACGAUGCACUCUUAUGGGACUACGAUGAACGCAAGGUUGCUGACAAAGUCGAGAGUGAUAAUGAAGUUCCAUCAAGACCGAUUAGGCCAGCAAUCGAUUACGACACUGUUGAUGCAAUUGAUGUUUGAUAAAUACUAUUCGUACAUUUGAUGUUUUUUGUCCUUUUUUUUCAUUAGAGCAAACAAUCUAAUUCUUUUAGAUGUAUUUUGACUGAUGUUGGAUAAUUAUCAUUUUACCAGAAAAAUCUCUGGGGGUUU